UCUCUCUCUCACUCUCUCACACACACACACACACACACACACACACACACACACGCACAUAAACUUGGAGAUGGCUUCUCUUUUACUUCUGUUGGUGUUGCCGUCUGCAUGGAUCGGUACUUGUCACUGAUGCUUUUGGCUUCUGUGUUCGCCUGCUGUUUCUGAAAUGGGGUUCAGCUUUCCACGAGUGUUCUGUCGUGCUGUAAAGCUUUCGAGUUAGGCUCGGUUUUGGUAAGGAUCGACCACAAAAACAUGUGAUCUCGUGAAGAGAGGCUGUUUAGCUUCUUUUCAUUACAUAGGGGAAGGGGGGGUUUGGUGAGUGGAAAAUGUUGACCUUCGUCGUUCGUCCGUAGCCUUCAUGUGCCGGAAAGAUUCUUGCUACCUCAUUAUUCUGCUCGCUCGAUGCGAACUCGUGGAGGUCUAGCAACUUUUAGAUUCUUGCCUGGUACAAGAAGUUGGUGCCGAGUCGCCUUCCCAUGGACCAAAAGCUUUUAGAUGGAACCCCGUCAUGUUCUUAAAUAGUUGCUUCGGUUUCAGAUCCAGUGUGGGGUGUGAAUGAUAUCCAGCAUCAUCCUACCUUCAUCGGUCGCCAAUUUAUGGUGUCUGCUGCUUGAAUGUUUGCGUUAGGAUCAGCCAUGGAGUUGGCUGCUCGACUGGGCAUCGAGGACUUGAAGCAUAAGCUUCUGUGUGCGACGUCGGAGCUGGAAGCGCUGCGGGCCAAUGCCAAGGAGGAGAUACGGAAGAGCGAGGAGAACAUCGAACAGUUGAUCCACCACCUCCAAGUGAUCACCCACGAACGAGACGUGGCGAGGGAUCAGCUGCAGCUUGUCCUCAACAAGAUCACGCUGCCUGACAGCCCGCAGAUGAGGCAAGCGAGAGGGAGUAGCAGCCUCACCGAGUCCGAUAGCCUCUCGGGGGCUCCCAACCACCAUUCUUACGGCGCAUCUCCCGUCGAUUCCUUCUUCGACAACGUGGGUUCUCCAGAACUGUCGAGCAUGGGCAGACCACAGCGGCAAGCCUCUCAGAGCAGCCCCAACUACGACCGGGCAUCCGCAGUGGUCGAUGGCCUUGCGAUGAGGAAGCCAUUGCCACGCAAGGGGAAGCUGCUGCAAGCGGUUCUGGAAGCAGGUCCUCUGCUGCAGACCCUUCUCCUCGCAGGGCCGCUCCCUCAGUGGCGCAAUCCUCCACCGCUGCAACCAUUUCAAGUUCCUCCCAUGGCCGUCAAACUCCACAACGCUUCACCGCCCAACCAAAAACCUGCAGUGAACGCAAGCAGCAAUUUGGCUUACGCUUCUCCUCCGAACGCAUUUUACCGUGACACCCACGUUUACGGCCUGGCCGUGUCGAAUACAACACCGAAGAGACCGACGACCUCGCAAUGUCUGAAAGGCUUCGAGGAGCCGAGGAUGAAGAGACAAAAGACUCAAUGUAUGUGAAGGAGAUGGUGUUGGCGUAGUUAGGAACCCAUAUAGUCUUGAGAUUACAGUUCAUGUCGUGUGUUCUGUCAUGUUCACGAUGUAAAGAGCAGGAUUUUGUGUUUCCUUA